AUGGCUGCUGGCCUCUUUCGUGUGAAGAAUGAGCUGCCGGACGAUCCCCAAGCCUUAGAGGAAAUGAUCCAGGAUAUCGGGGACUUGCAGCUGGAGCUGACGGCCGACGACGUGCUGCCUGGCUACCCUGGUUCACCUGCACCGACCCUGGCUGCAACCGACUCCCAGCUCUUGGUGGCUGGGCGCCAGACCGUGGGCCCAUCGACCGACUUGGGAUCCACUCCGACGCCGUCUGCAAGCCCGGCCUCCUCCACGAAGCAGCAGACUGCUCGUGAUCCGGAACCUCCCGCCAAGCCCGCUGAAGGGAAGUUUGCGAGCGAGGAGGAGGAGAAGCUCUACAUGAACAAGAUGAGGAGCAAGGUGAACCGGAUGUGUUCUAGGACAGCCACGGGAAAACUCCAGGUUUCGGAGGAAAUCCACAAGAUCUGGGCCCAAGCUGGCACGGCUCGGGAUGGGCUAGUGCAGCUCAUGGCGGACUGCGACGGGCAGAAGGACGACUUCCUUCGGAAAGUGGAGCAGUACAAGGACAGCUUCAACUUCAGGGAGCAGGGGACCAACGGGGGCUUCUACUCCCGGGAUGAUAUGAUCAAGAAGGUGGUCGAUGGAGGCCUUGGGUUCUCACCGAAGUAUGCUGACAAAGUCAUCGCAUGGUGCCGAAGCAACACCCCGGAUGUGAACAUCAGGAAGAACAAGUACGAUGACGAGCUUGAGGAAUUCUGGGUGGAUCACAGGACGGAUGGCAGGCGGGGCAACUACGAAAAGGAGGGCCUCAAGGAAUCCACGAGUGCCACCGGAGCCACGGACUCCUUCGGCAUCGCCGGCAUGGAGGGGAACCUCCACUUGGCAUGGGGCCAACGGGGUGCCGGAGCUGCCCCUCCUGCAGCCGACAGCAUCGAGCAGUACAUGAAGGAGUCUGUUGCAGCCCGCGACAAACUCUCCAAGUUCAUGGAACGAUUGGACUUGCAUUUCCCCCGGAUGAAAGACAUUGUGAACUCUCUGGGUGCCCUCUAUGAUGAGCUCGCCUCCCAGCAAGCCGAUGCAAAGAUUGCCCCGCAAAAGGACAAGCUCGAGAAAAACUUCGAGGCUGUGAGGAAGCAGAGUCUCAAAUGCAAGUGGGUUUGCACUUUCUUCCGAUGUGUGAUGCUUCAGAAAGCCCUGCUUUGCUCAAAAACUUUGGCUGGCCUGGAACCCAGGAUGACGCUGGCCAUCUCCUGCGAGGUCAAGAACAAGAAGCUGAAGAAGAAGCAGACCAACAAGCGGGCCCCUGAGCCUGCUGAUGCUGAGAAGAACAAGAAGGCUCUUGGAUGCUUUGUAGAUGAGUGCGACAAACGUGCUCAGCCACCACGAGUUGUUUGUGGUGAUGGUGACCAUGACGAUGACCACGAGGAUCGAAGCCGCAGCCCACCGGGCCUUGUGAUGGAUCCAGUAAACAGCGAAAGCCGGGAACGACUGAAUUUCGGAAGUUGUUCGAUCUGUUACAAGCUGCCAACAACUUGCUUGCUUGCUGGAAAAGUGCUUCAGCAUUGCGAAACCAUGAUACAGAAGCUACGAGUGCAAAGUGGGGGGCUUGAGCUGGUCAUCUUCAAGAUUGGCAUCACGCACGAGUGCUCUAAGCGGUUCCAGUUGUACAAAGAGAAAGGUUGGGAUUGCAUGCUUGUCAUGUACCAGAGUGAUGAGCUCGGAGCCGUGGAAAUGCUUGAAGCUUCUUUGAUUUCGAAGUACUGCCAUCUGAAGCAGUGCCGCAACGUGCUUCGAGGAGGGGCCACUGCAAAGCACGUCGUCUCCAUUGCGAAGACCUUCGCCCGGGAGGACGAUUCCAAGGCUCUGCGAGAGAUGGCUGUUUGUCCGGAUAAGGAUGCCGAGCAAGCCCUCCAGCGAAUUCUGAAGAAGUACGACUUAACACUGAAUGUUCCUCGAACCAAUAUCACAUGUGCAGAAGGCUGCACAGUUCCGGUAUUGCUGCCCGAAGAUUACCUUCGUGUUCUUUCGGAGAAGGGAUAUCUGCACAAGCUCCUUGGGGGGCCUCUUCACAACAGUGGUCCGAGGCUUCGCGACUUUUGGGCACAAUACAAGAUUUGGGAACCGGAGCACGAAAUCUGGGACCACGAUCAUUUCGAUCCCGAGACCACCGUUCCUUUACUGGUCCAUGGGGAUGGUGGUCGAACGUAUCGCAAAGAAGAGCUGAUGGUGGUGCAGUUUCAACCUGUUCUUGGCUGGGGCACUCGUACUUCACACCCUGUGCAUCGACCAGGUGUGGCUGGUGUGAACUUGCAGAAGCACAGUUUCACGACACGCUUUUUGUAUGGUGUUAUGCAGAAGGCAUUGUACAAGGAUGAUGAAGAUUGCUUUAUGACCUUUUUGGAAGGCAUGAUGCAGAAUCUGUGCAAGCUGUACAACGAAGGGCUGGACCUUCCUGGUGGCAAGCGGCUCCGGUUCCUGCUGCUGGGGGUGAAAGGGGACCUCCCCUUUUUACAGAAGGCAGCUUUUCUUUAUCGAACAUUUCUCAAUGUUCGUAAAGCUGCUCCAACGGCUAAAAGCAAGAAGCUUUGUGGCUGUUGCCAUUUGUGCCUAGCUGGCACGGAGGGGCUUCAAUUCGAAGACUUUGCAACCUCGCCAUCAUGGUUGCCGACGAGUGGCCGGAACAACCCAUACCCGUGGCUGAGGAUCCCUCCGUAUUUGGAAUACAUGCCACACAUCCGGCACGAUGCUCCCUCUUUCUUUCGCCUCGACAUAAUGCAUUUGGUGCAUCUUGGCUUUGGACGGGACUUCUGUGGAAGCUCUUUGGUACUCCUUUUGGACUUGUACAAUGCAGAUUCCAUACCCGUGGCUUUGGAAAGCCAGACGGCAGAUUUGGCACGAUACAUUCAGCAGAGCCGUCGGCAGAUCCACUUCAAAAGGCUGAGCAGGGACAUGUUGGGCUACAAGAACGAGCACUCCUUUCCUACAGCACACUGGAGCAAAGCGAUGGAUACGCCAGUGAUGGUGGAGUUUGUCAAAUGGCUUUUGGAUCAACAGCAGACACUGCUACAGGAAGAUCGGCUUCUCAGGCUCAUGUCUGGAGCAGCACAGGCUCUGGGUGUUUUCAUGAGAACUGUGCUCAAGGGUGGGCUCUGGCUCACGAGAGACGAAGCGGCCGCCGCUUCUGAAGCUGGCUUAUACUUCUUGCAGGCCUAUGCUAAAUGUGCCCGCAUCUGUGCAGAGCGACGAGUUUGCCGCUACAAUCUGACGCCGACUUCGUGGGGAGGAUUUCAAGAUUAUCCAGGCGGGUCAGCCCUCUUCUGCAGAGCGAACGAACGAUUGGACGACACGGAGCUCCGGGAACUCCUCCACAAAGCCAGCUUCGAGGUGAAGGUGGCAGAUGAGGAUAUGGAUGGCAUAAAUGAUCCAUACUGGGAGCGAACCUUGCAGGUUUCGAAUGAUGUGGCCGACAAGUGGAAGUGUACGAAAGCUAGGAAGCAGCUGCUAGUGGCUCUUAUCACAUGCAGUGGCGACAAAGAUGCUUUCAAUCACCGGAUGGAGAUCCUCAUCUCCAGCACGAAGGAAGGGAAAGUUGUGAUCAACAGCGGUAAGUCGCUCGACCCACUAUCUGAAUGCUGCCACGGUCUGCCAAGGGAGAGAAUCGCCGCCGUCGUCAAGUACUGCACGAAGAACCGUCAGCGAAAGAAGAGAGACAAAUACCAGCCCGAUAUCAAGGAGUAUUGGGUUGAUACUUCUACGGUCGGCAGCCUCAGCACGAGCCACAAGGAACAGUUCAAUCAGUACAUCGAGAUCUUGGAUCCCGAUUGCAGCAUGCCUGUCCCGCUUCUCGAGAAUUCCCCGAAGCCUGGCUACGAACGGGAAGAUGAUGAUGAUGAUGAACAUGAUGCUUCUAGCUCUGCAGGCGAGGAGGAGUCUGCCCCAAGCGCCACGAAGAGCAAAAAAAAGAAGAACAAGAAGAAGAGCAAAACCACCCCAAGCCCCAAGUCUCGAUCCUCCAAGAGGGCGGUGCUACAAAGGCAGGAAAGGAAGGCUAAGGAGAACCGAGAAGAGGCGAUUGAAGCAGCUCGGGAGGAACUCGAGAGGAUCCCACCCAUGCUUUCGGAUAUUCUGAAGCUCCGUAUCAAGAUGGAGACCAUUGUGGGGCAAUCCGAAAAGCUGAUGGCGAUCCAUGAUGAGCUUGCUGAGGUUAAAUCUGAGACCCUUGACAAAAUCUCAGCGAACUUGUUGGAGCUGAACAAGUUGACGAGUCGGUUUACGAUGGAGGAGAAGAAGCUGAAACGGACGAUUCUCCGCAGCAAGUCCAAGAAAAACGUCAGGGCCAAGGCUGAUGAUGAUGACGAGGACGAUGAAAGUGAUGAUGAGCCGGUGAAAGGAUCCGUAAUGGAUCCGAUUAGCUCUGAAGCCUGGGGCCUCAACAUGAAACGAGACGAAAAAAUCAAGAGCCUGCUCACUUUGUCGUAUCGUGCCAAGAAGCCGCCGAAGGAUGACAAACCUGGAGCUGCUUCCACUGCCUUGCAGAAAGCUCGGGGAUCAGGGGUAAACGACAAGCUGCUCUGCAAUAUCGCUGCGGGCUUUAUGGACGAGUGCCGUGAUGCCGACCCUGAUAUUGCAAACGAGCUUGCAAGCUCUGGUUUACUUUCUGACCUACGACGGCAAUCUAAGACAGGCCAUGAGAACGAAUCUGGUAAAGUCUUUCAGAAGCGAGGCUUGGCUCUUCCUGUACCAUUGACAUAUAUUGAUUUGGGCAAGGAAAAGCAGCAUCCUGUGCUGAAGAUAUCAGACAUGCUACAAGUUUUGGCUGAUAAGAAGAAGCUACAGCUUUUCUGGGGUAGCACGAGACUGAAAACCCGAUCAGCAAACCUCAAAGAAUUCUGGAGUCGUUAUCGCCAUCAAGAUGCUGGACAUGCCAUAUUCGAGCAGCACAACGAUCGUCUCGACAAGGUGUUGCCAGUGCAGAUCCAUGCAGAUGAGGGCGAGACGCUCAAGAAGAGUGGUGUGAUGAUCAUCAACUUUCAGUCUCCUAUGGGGUUUGGAAUCAGCACUUCUGACGACGUUGACGAUGCCAUGGGUUUGAAUUACACCGGUAAUACAUAUUCCACUCGGUUUCUGUAUACGGUGUGCACGAAACGUUCUUACAGUAAGAAGAACAAGUUCGUGUUGGAUUCGAUUCUGGAAUCGUUGGCCGAUGAACUGAGAGACCUCUUCUACAAUGGUAUCUCGGUUCAAUGUGGCAAGGAGAAGAUGAUCAUGUACGUGGCUACACUUGGGCUCAAAGGCGACUGGCCGGUGCAAGCUCGAAUUGGCCACUUAACACGUCACUUCUCCAAGAAGGGAGUUUACAAGACUUCGAACAAAAGUGGUUUCUGCCAUCUUUGUCGAGCCGGGGAAACCAACUAUCCCCCGUAUGACUACUCCCGGAAUGCCGCUUGGAGAUCUUCAUACCUGACCCGUGCUCCCUGGGCUACAGAAGGUCCUCUGUGCAGAAUUCCACAAUCUACAAGGAAGGAGCUGAUGCACAGGUUCGACGUCUUCCACACUUGUCACAAGGGUGUGUUCGCUGAGCUGACUGGCAGUGGACUUGUUGUCCUUACAGAUUAUGGACUCGUGGGAGAUGGCAACUUUCAAGUUCAGCUUGAUGCGAUAUAUGAGCUUUUGGCCUCCCACUGCAAGACAAAGAACAUACCUCUUCAUAUGGAUGGUUUGACGAGGAACCUCCUGGCUUUCAAGGGUGACUAUCAGUUUCCCGUGGGGUCCUGGUUCAAAGGGGCCGACACCAGAGCGGUCUGCUCGUUUUUGCAAAGCUACUUCGAAAGUCAUGUGGCUCAGCUUGCAGCCCCGGACCCGUACUUGCAAAAUAUUUUGGCGGCAGUUCGUUCGGCGAACCAGUUCCUCGAAACAUUGUACUCUUCGGGGCUAUGGCUGUCGCGAGAUCGGUGCCACAGAGCGGCCCAAGCAGGAUUGGCUUUCAUGAAGAGCUUUCUGGAGAUAGCUCACUCUGCCCAUCGGCAGGGCAAAACACGUUUUAAGCUUACUCCGAAACUACAUGCAUUUCUGCACAUCACCGAAGCCCUGGCACACGCCUACGAGACAAAUCGAGUGUGGACCUGGAGUCCACUCGCUGAUGCUUGCCAAAUGGACGAAGACUGGAUAGGAAGAAUUGCCUUCCUGACGACUACCGUCAACAGGCGGACUGUCCACAAGCAGGCACUUAACAAGUACCUUGUGGAUGCGGCGAGGCAUCUGCUUGGAGAAGGGUGA